AUGGGAAAGAAGCUCAAGACGAAGGUAUGGGAGAGGCUGCCGAUGGCGCUGCUCCAGCGCAUCCUCGCCAUGCUUCCUGUGGAAUUCAUCCUCAGUGUCCGCCUAGUGUGCCGCGAGCUGAGGCACAUCACCACCUGCCCAGCGUUCCAAGAGCAGUGGAGGGAGGCCAAUCGAUCGCGCGAGGCUGCUCCCUUCCUCAUCCGGCCCAGGUACUCGGCUCGCAAGAUUACCAGGUGCUACAGCGCGUCGCUGAAGAAAUGGUGCAAUCUCCCCAACGCUUGCUUCCUCCCCGAGGGUGGAUUCCAUCUCAAGGGCGCCAGCGGCGGCCUCGUCGCCGCUCGGCUGAAGUCCAAGAUCGCGGUGGGCAAUCCCAUCACCGGCCAGUGGGUGUUCUUCGAUCCGGCUCCAAACUCGUCCUGGGAGACGAGCCCGUGGAGCUUGCUGGUGCCAAAGCGAUCGCCGGCUAGCGGUGGAAGAACGGCUCUAGAUUUCCGGAUCAUCAUCGGCGACUGCUUCUACAACUCGAGAACUAGGAGAUGGAAGACGGUGGAUUUCCCCGGGAACUCGAGCUACGGCAGCCUCUUCUGCGAUGGCAUCGCGACGUUCUACUACUUGUGCUCGGAGGACAAUGGCGUCGUGAAGCUUGUGAGCGGCAGCAUGAAUGAUCCAUCCAACGUUGAGGUCUUGGGAAGCUGGAGCGAGGAUCGUUUCAAGUAUCCGCUCUAUCACCAGCUCUUGAUCUACAAAGGUGGCGAAGUCGGGCUCUUGCGUGAUAGCUCCAAGGUGGUGAGAGGGAUCGACGCAUUCGUCUUCGAUCCGGUGGGCCGGGAGUGGCGGCGGCGGCCGAGCUUGCCGAGUGAGAUGGUGAAGCGGGUCAUGAGCGAGCAGAAGGGCGUGAAGCUGCUGCCGAAGCAUGAGCUAUGGCAGUUUUCGGGUGAUCAAGGGGGACGGAUCAACUUUGUGGCGCCACACCACUGCUCUGGGAUCAUCGUGUUUGAUUCUUGGGACGAGAGUUGGAGCUGGGUGGAUGAUCCUGCGCCCGUGCCGAGCUUUGGAAGACGCUCCGAGUUCUUCUCCAUGGAGCUCGCUAUCUGA